GAUAAACGAGAACACAACACGGUCCCAGUUCCUGGCCUACUUCAGCUUCUCGUCCAAAGCGAGCACGUCCGUCGGCUGGCCGGUGAGGGGCGGACAUCCGGUUAACAAUACGGAAUGCGACUCGGUGUACGAGGAUACGGACUGCCACGACGGAUGCGUUUUAGCCAGUCCCGGAUAUCCUGGACUGUAUCCACCAAACAUCCGGUGCCGGUACCUGAUCACUUCUGGCCCGCGAAUCUCCAUUGCCAUCAACUUCACGGCGGUGCUUCUUCCGUACAACCAUUGCACCAGCGACUACAUCGCCGUUUACUCUGGUCCAACCACGUCGAGUCCGUUGUUGAAGAUGCUCUGCGGCAAGGAGAAGACGACGCUGGUAUACGAAGGUCAAGAACUUCUCGUUGAAUUUAGAACUGGUCCCGAAGUAUCGCCCUUCGAUUAUAAUGGCUUCGUCGCGACGCUGAGUUUUAUUGAAGUGACGACGGAAGCUCCAACGACGAUUGCCACCGAUAGCACGAAUAAAACUCUUGACUCGAUGAAGUCUAAUAACUACAACAAUCGCGAUCUCCAUGACCACCGCAAGGACCAAGGUACAGUGACUAGCAGCUGCGACCUCGAGGUGAGUGGCGAGAAGGUCCGGGCCGGCCACCAUGAUACUAGGGGCAAACCCAAGUCCACGACCUGCAAGCUUUUGCUGCGUGGCCGUGCUUACGACACCGGACACGUUUCCAUAGCCAGUUACAACCUCAGCGCACAGUCCUGUCAGUCGACGAUCGAGAUAUUCGACGGUUCGCCGGAAAGCGGAACCCUGGAUACCACGAACUCCUUGGAGAAGAUUUGCAGUCCGGCGCAGUGGCUCCCGCGGGAACUCGCGAGUCAAGAUAAGUACGCUGAGCCGAAGAGGUACUCUUCCAAUGGUCGGGACAUGACGGUGGUUUUAACACGCGCCUCCAACAGCCCUACCGACGAGGAGUAUAUGGAGGUCUCGUACUACUUUCACGACGAACGUGAAGGUGGCACUCAGCAGCCCGCCAGCGUGUGCGACGUCGAAUAUUACGGAUUGACGUCGCCGGUGGAAGGUUCAGUGGUGCAUCCGGAACCACAUCGGCUGUUCGCCAUGGAAGGCCCAGUGAAGUGCAGGCAGCAUUUUAUACCGGCGCCCAAUCAAUCGGUGAUCAUUACGGUGAAGGGUAGCACGAAGCAAACGCCAAACAACCCGUGCGAGACCAAGUGCGGCGACAGCGGCUGCCACUGCGUCAGCAAGUCUCUGGAGAGCAUGGACCACCUCCUGCUCGUCUCCGAGACCGGACACAUUGUCACCUGUCUCUGUGGGAAUUAUCAGGAUUGGCUUCCGGUAGGCAUUCGUAGCUGGACUCCGGUCUACAUCGAGUGGUCGAGGUCGUCGAGGGCGGGCCUCAAUUUCCACGCGGCCUACAAGUUUAUCAAUGACACUUACUGCGGCGAUCACACAACGGCCGAGCCGGAAGGCGAGGUCAAUGGCGGUGAUCUGGCAAGCGCCGGGACCAAGCUGAAUCAGUAUUACCAGCAGAAGUGUACCUGGAUCCUGGACUCACCGAUCGACCGGCAACUCGUCAUCGAAGUCAAGUCCACUCAGAGCCGACCUUGCACGGCGUGGAACCUGACGAUACACGAGUACAGAAAGAACGGCGAUCCCGCCGGAAUCAGAUUGCACACGUUCUGCUCGAGAGACACGCACAAGAAUUUCACUCUGCCGUGGAAGAUGAAUACCGUGGUGGUUAGACUGCAGGCCCUUGGAAGGACAGCCCCGCAGUAUACGAUGAGAUGGCGAAGUCAGACAGUGAUCGCGAACACUCGCAAAAGUGGACCAUCGCCAGCCCCGAACUGGCACGUAGUGCGCUCCUCGAGUAAGGCUGAGCCGCGGGGAACGGCCCUCAUCCUCAUCCUCGUGUUCGCGAUCCUACUCGCGCGCCCGUUCAACUGUUGAGACUGUUAAGCUCGGGGAAGCUCGCGUUAAUGCACACACACUGUUCCUGUUAAUCGAAAACCGCGAAGCCCACGUUAUUGUCUCACGUGUACAUAAACGGUAAGGACUCACGCCGGUCCUCGUUUUACGUCGCUCGAUGUGAGAUGUUUUCAGAAGAUGGCACAUUCCGGCACUCUCCCUCGAUCGGCAGUUAAGAUUUUGCGGGCUGGCUCGUUAAUCCCCCGCUGGAUAAUUAUCACAAGAGAAAUAUUUUAGGAUGCGAGAAAGGACGCGUCGCGCGAUGUAGGGGAUAAAUACCCUGAGGAAAUUUUAACUGAUCUGUUAUAUUUUUCUCUACAGUACACUCU